UUGCCUCAUAUAUAAUCUUAACAGAAAAGAGGAGUGGGUGUUUUUGUACUAUUUUAACGACAACAAAAUAAUGGUACAAACAUUUAAGUUCAUUCAUACCUCACUUUCCCGAUCGACGAGCAUCUAUUAAGUGGGAUAGAAAGAAACUGAGAACAUUCACAGGACAUAGCCUGAAUCACCAAACACGAUGGCGAAUUUCAUCAAGUUAUCUAUAAUAUUUCUUGUAUUAGUUUCAUCAGCCUGGGGAAGAAGUAUUGUACAUGGACUAAUGCGAGAUAGGAGGAGUGACUCUAGUUCUUCUGAAUCAAGCUCAUCUGAGGAGAGACCCCUACCACCUGCACCACCAACACCAUCAAUAACCACAACAACAACACCAGCAACAACAACAACGAUGUUGACCGUCACAACUGGCUCUUGUGCAGCGACCACUACCACCACAGUUCUUCCGACCGUUUCUUCAACAGUGACAUUCUCACCGACCACAGCCACGCCAACUACCAUAACAACGCCAACAGCUUCCACACCUCAAACUGCGUCUACAACAACGGAAAUGCCCACAAAUGAACCAACCACUGCAACAUCGGAAAUGUCCACAACUGAAUGUCCUAAUCCUCGCCCGGAACAAGGAUGUCUACCAUAGUGUGUUACCACAACAGAAACACCUACAUCAUCAAAUGAAUCGCCAACAGGUGUUUGUGGCUGACUCGGAAACCAUGCUCGAGAGUCGUCAUUUCAACCCUUCCAUAGAUAUUGAAAUUGGGAUUUUGUUGUUGUUGAGUGGAAAUAGGAAAUGUCAGUAUUUUGUUUAUUUAUUUUGUGUAAGACAAAUUAUUUAGAUAUUUUAACCGUACGAUACAAACGAAAAGAAAGAAGUUGCCUUUACUUUUCCUAUUGUAUUUCUACAAUGCUACAUAUUGCUGAGAAUGAUAUUCAAAUUCAACUCCGAAAACAGUAAACAGUAUAAGCCUUUCAUCCCGCAGUUAAUAUGUGUCAAUAUUUGGUUAUGUCAUGCCUGUAACAAUUUGAUCACUAUGGUAAUAAAUUUGCAAUACACACAAAACCGCUUACUGUCUAACCUUUUUCACGCCCCGCAAUACUCAAGGGAAAUAUAUUCAGCAUACAUGCAUAUUAUUUGACAGUUCUAUUUGUUGUAGAAUAACUAUUCGAUUGUUUAGUCGGAAUUGUUUAAAAACCAAAUUUUAGAUCCGUCAUAUUCCCUCAUUUAAACCUGUGAGUCUUUCUCUUAAAAUGGCGGUAGACGGGAUAGGGGUGUUUAGAUAUUGAAAAUAGGAUAUCGAUAAGUCUUCCUUCAAUUUGACUAAUAAAUGUAUAUACGGUCAACGGGUAAAUUAUUCAUACCCCUAGUAAAUUUGAUGUUCGUUUUUUCGUAAAUCAAGAAUGAGAGGUUAACUGGUUGAAUUAGGGUCUUUGUUGGAUAUUCUUAGACGUAUACUUUAGUAUGUCAAAUUCUCAAGAGACAUACGUCGGGAAACAUCGAUUUUUCAAAUUCUUUUAAAAUUACAAAACCUGGAAGGGUAUGCAUCAUUUAGUUGUAACAUUGAGACGUGAUAAAGUUACCGGCAUCAAAUAAAGCUUUACCAAAUACUAAAACGUAUUUGUGCAUGCACUGAUUUAUUGACUUGUUCAUAUUUUGUGGUUUAAUUGAUACACUGUCUAUGUUUAAUAAUGGGGAUUCAUUUUUCUACCAUUUUUGCUGCAAUACAAGAAGAAUUUCAUUCCAAAAGGUAUCAAAUCCACUUUGAGCGUUUGAGGUUAAAUCGAGAUAUAAAGUAGGAAAAUGGUUUGCGGACCAGACAGUAAUGAAAGUUGGCUCAUUGUUUGUUUAAUUGUUUUCCUAGAAAUAAAACUAGGAAACGGUCGACACUGCAACA